GGUAGAGGACUCGUUUUCUCAAAAUCCUUUUUACACAGACCGUCGACAUUGUAGUUGUAUUUUUCGGCACUAACUAUGUUUUAUAUCGAAGAUCUACACAGGUAAACACAUAUCACAAGCCCAUGACAUGCAAGUUGCCGUACUGACAGUGACAAGCAUAUAAAUGAGAAAAUCCGAUUCAUCUGGCAACACGGCUUCAGCUACGGUCUUUGACGACUACUCCAGCGUCCUCUGGCGGUCGCGGUGCCGAACGAAUCAGUCAUGGACGAGGUUAUGUCGCGACAACUAUCGUAGUCCGCAAAAGAAGAGAAAUAUCCCGAAAUCAAUGGUCGACGAUCAUGGCUGAGGAGCUGUUAGUGGUACUAAACCGUAGCGAACACUCUGGAUUCGGUUUCAGCCUCCUCGGCGAGCCUGGUUUGCCUCCCAUCAUCUAUAAUAUCCUGGAGGAUUCGCCAGCUGCAGAAAGCGGAGAGGUUCAGGUUGGGGAUGUAAUAUUAAAAGUAAAUGAAACUGAUGUCUUAAGAUAUAGCACUAAAGAAGUUUUAAAAUGCCUAAGGUUAUCAACUGAUCCUGUCACACUUAAAAUCAAACGCGAUCCGAAGAUCAAAGCAUCCGUAUGCAAGCACCUGCUGAACUCCGUGGGCGGCGCCCCGGUUCCAGCAGCGGGUAUCGGGGGCGGCGGGGGUGACAGCGGGGUGGUCACCCCCGAGAAGCCCCCCAGCAAGAUCCCGGUGGCUAUACAUUCAAACCUGAGGCCGGAGCCAGCGGUGCAUCGGCCGACGUUCAAUAACAAUCAAUCGCCGUUGCAACAGCGACAUCUGGUGGAAGGCACUACGAACGGAAGCUGUACAGAACAGGAGCCACAAGUGAUCAACAACCAGCAACAGAAGUGCCGACAGCUAGAGAAGAACGAGCGGUUACAAUGGCAACCAUUGUCGUCAAAUGAAGUGAACAACACGAAACCCGUCUCGCAACAGCAACCCAAAUUCGAAGCGUACAUGAUGACAGGGGAGCACAUACUCAACAUAUCCAGGAUUCCCCAGACCACGGCGGCCAUACUACCUAAACAACAGAAAAAAGCGGACAACCCUCGGUACCACAACAGCCACACGCACCACAUGCGGGGCGCACCACCCCCAUUCACAGCACAGCACAACUCGCUGCCCAACAGCCCGAACGAGCGGGACCUUGGGCAUCGGGGGGCGGGGGCUACCACAGGCGGGGGCAGGCACUCGGCGGCCGCGUCGCCCAUAGUGACUGCCCGGAGAGCCACUGAGCACCAGCAGGCGGGUACUGCGCCGCCCGCAGCAGGGCAGCAACCGCCUCCGGGGGCAGCGGACGGAUACAACUACGUGAGGACUAGCAGGUCGGAGGACCAGUUGCAGGGGCAAAAUGAUCUGUGCAGCGUGAGUGUAGCAAACUCUGAAGCAGACGAGGAUGUAACCAGCUCCCUGAACACCCUGUUGGACACACGGCCUGACUCUGCGGGAUGCAGUGACAGCGACCGCAUCGUCUGGACGUACAAUGCACCGAUCUCUGAUCAACACAAAUUCGCCGCACAUGCGCUCUCGAAUGGCAGCAGUUCCUCGCACAGCAACGUUUCCCCCACGUCUUCGUCGCCGAUGCACAGCGGGUCUCCGGCAUCUCCGACGUCCGUAUCAUCUUCGGUGAUGUCCGGCCAUUCUGUGGGCUCGAGCAAAGGGAGACCGGCCACCUCCACGGGAGGGUAUUCCGCAACGGGGGGCAGCUUCACAAACGGCCCCCCGUCACAGCCGGUAACAUUAGAGUAUAGCGUCUCGGAAGCGAUAUCGAAUAUUUCCAGUCCGGACUACAGGGACGAUGAUGACAGCGUGAUGCGCGACUGCGUGAUGGAGAUCAGUGAUCACAGUGACAGUGAUAGCACGUUGCUAGUCUCCGAACCUAGACAGAACAAGCGGGGUAGCAGCGGAAGCAAAGAGGACCAUCGGAUUGUGAUACAGGUGAAAGGGCCCCACAACAGUGUCGGUGCCGGGGGUGACAAAGACAGCAGGGGGUUCGGAUUCGCUUCAGCUACUAGUACUCAGGGCAAUCAGGAUCAAGAUCUGCUAGAAACUGAGGACGAAUGCGGUCGGGAGUUAGCCGGCAGCAAUAACAACAGAUCGUCGCCAUUGUCUUCCGAGGACGAAAGUGACGUGGAGAGCUUGCACAGCUUCCACUAUUCACCGAAAGCGGUCGACAUGCCGUCGGCCAUACGAUUGGCCAAACGGCUGUACAGUCUCGAUGGUUUCAAGAAGUCGGACGUAUCUCGACAUCUCAGUAAAAACAAUGAUUUCAGCAGGGCUGUGGCAGAGGAAUACUUGAAGUAUUUCGAUUUCGAAAAGGACACGUUAGACAUAGCUUUAAGAAAGUUCCUUAAGCAGUUUUCUCUUACGGGGGAAACGCAGGAGAGGGAAAGGGUACUUGUACAUUUUUCUAAAAGGUACCUUGACUGCAAUCCCGGAUCUUUUAAUUCUCAAGAUGCGGUUCACACGUUAACAUGUGCCAUUAUGUUGCUCAACACUGAUCUACAUGGGCAGAACAUCGGCCGCAAAAUGACCUGUAACGAAUUUAUAGAAAAUUUGGCUGGUCUGAACGAGUGCGAAAAUUUCCCUAGGGAGGUUUUGAAGCAGCUGUACCACGCCAUCAAGAAUUAUCCUCUAGAGUGGGCACUUGAUGAGGAGAAUGAAGAUGGCAAUGUGCAGUCACAGAUGAGGAACAACGAUGUGAUCAACCUAGGUGGAAAUCCAUUCUUGGAUGUGCCAAUUUCCGCGAACGCCAUAGAAUACAAGAAAGGCUACGUGAUGCGAAAAUGCUGCUACGAGGCGAACGCUAAAAGAAGCGUCUGCUGUCUGUUUCUAGCGCCGUUCCACAAGCGCGGCUGGAAGAUGUUCUACUGCACGUUGCGCGACCUGGUGCUGUAUCUGCACAAGGACGAGAACGGCUUCCGGCGGAACCAGAUCGGAGGGGAUAACCUCCAUAACGCCAUUCGGAUACACCACGCGUUGGCCACCAAGGCUACGGAUUACACCAAGAAGCAGUACGUGUUCCGGUUGCAGACCGCAGAUCAAGCGGAGUACCUUUUUCAAACUAGUGAUUCUAAAGAACUGCAGUCGUGGAUAGACACGAUAAACUUCGUAUGUGCCAGUUUUUCGGCGCCACCACUGGAGGCAGCUGUAGGUUCACAGAAAAAAUUUCAAAGGCCGCUGUUGCCAUGUAGUCAUACCAAAUUGAAUCUGAGAGAACAAUUAACCGAUCAUGAGGAGAGAGUAAUGAGACUGGAAUCGAUGCUCGAAGAGCACCGCAGAAGCCCACCCGAAAAAGGGGCAAAGUCGCAGGUGGUACAGAAUUAUAAAGAGAAGGAAGUUUAUCUGAAUUAUGAGUUAAAAAGGUACCGCACGUACACAUACAUCCUGCGCACGAAGCUGUCCCAGUAUCUGGAGAUGGGGGCGACGGUAUCAGCCACGAUGGGGGCGGGUGCUUGCCCCCCUGCCAGCUUAGCCGAGGUGGACGAAGGGCUACAACCGAUGGCGGCGACUGUAGCGCAGCAUACCGUAGGUGGACCCGAAACGGAGGCAGAACAGCAGCCCAAGUCGUCGCCCACGUCGGCGGUGAAUAGGUACAGUUACAGGCAGGCGAUAUACAGCGGAGGCGGUGGUGGUCGGUAGAGGGGACGGGCACCUAAGGGAUUAGGGUGUUAACAGUUGUUGGUAGAAAGAUGUGGUGGGGUAUGAGUCUAUAUUAGACUAGAAAGUUGCCGGAUCUUGGGCAUGACAUGAAAACAUGUUUUCAAAUAGGCUACGGUCGUUAGUUUCCAAACGAUCGACGGUCUUAUGUAACUUGCGAUUCGUAUAAACUUAAUUAGUUGCUUCCAGACUUUGAUACAGAACCUAUGAUAUUAAGAUUUUUGAGGCAUUUGAUGGCGCGCGGGAACAAAACUAGUUCAGGCUGUCAAGUCAAUUUUUCUACUUAGUUGAAUGGGUAUCCGGCCUCAUAUUUUUUCAUUUCGCAGAAGUUUGACAAAUGAUCCAAACUACGAACCCUUUUAACAUUAUGACAUAACUCUUCGUGCACCUGUCGAUGCACAAAUAAUGCACUUAGUGCAAAACAUAUUGCAAUAUUUUUUUCAGUCGACAAUAUGUCCAGCAGAAUGCGUUAAUGGGAAAAAGUGCGUAAAUAGUGCAUCAUAGUGGAAAACCUCACUAGUCGUCAGUAAGUAUCAGUGCACUCAUUUUAUUUCAUUUAGCGACAUAAGACAGCGCGAAGCGCCAUCCACCACUAAAAUUGACCACUGCAAACAGUGAAUCAUUGCCAGCGGUUGGGACUGUAUAGAUCUCAGUCCGCGAAUUAGAGGCACAGUCGUCACUUAUCCGCUAGAUGGCGAUGAUUCUAGCGGGGUAGUAGCUGUUCAAUGGCAAGUAGACCACACCACAUAGAUGGUCUCCUUACCACUGAGCAUCUACUACACAACUAAAGGGUUUUCCAUUAAGGACUUGACAAAUGCAAACCAUUUGAGAUAUCUUGAAAAUUUUAUUAUUGGAUUGAAGUAUACUCAAAACAUUUAUGUAUGGAAUUUGACCUCGUUCAUAUGUCCACCACGGGCAUGUUCGCAGCGAUCGAUUCGUGAACCCAAUUUUCAAUGACUCGGCCACACAUUUCGACAGAAAUGGCCGCUAUUUCAAUAUUGGCUCUGAGCUCUAACGACGCCGGCUUGUUGGCAUAGACCAAUGAUUUAAUGUAGCCCCACAAAAAAAGUCUACCGUCAUCAUCCUAAAUAAUACGAUCUAGGCGGCCAUUGGACAGGUCCAUUUCUCGAUAUAACACGUUCAUCGAAUUUUGAUUCACGCACUGUAUGGCUUGCGGUACCGUUUUUGACCAAAUGACCAAAAAAUAACGUUGAAACAUGUC